AUGGCGGAGUACUGGAAGUCAGCACCUAGAUAUUGGUGCAAGCAAUGCAAGAUAUUCAUCCGCGACACCCCCUUCGAGAAAUCUCAACACGAAGCCACAGGAAAGCACCAAGGAAACCUGAAACGGUUUCUACGUGAUAUUCAUCGAGAUAAUGAGCGCGAACAGCGAGAGACCCAGAAAGCAAAGAAUGAGGUCGAGCGAUUACGGCAGACUGUCGCGGGGUCGGCCGCUGGCAAUGACAGCAAUCAAGCACCCUGGAAACGGGCGGCCUCUCCCGUCUCGAAACCCGUUGAGAGACCUGUUUCCAUAGAAGAGAGGAAGAAACAAAUGGCGCAGUUGGCGGACAUGGGUGUUGCGAUUCCGGAGGAGUACCGUGGUGAUAUGGCUCUGGCGGGUGAAUGGCAGACGAUUUCUGAAACGGUCAUCGGGUUAGAUGCGGACAGACAGAAGUCAAAGCUAUCACUGGGAGUGCGCAAGAGAAAACAUGAAGGGGAUGAAGAAGAGGAGGAAGCUAAGAAGGAGGCCGAGCGAUUUGUGAGCAAGGCCUGGGGAUCAAGGACUCGGCAGUAUCCCGGGGCUCAGGACGAUACCGACUUAGAUGAGCUGCUCGCGUCUACAAAAGAUAUUAAAAAGAAAGGAGCCAUCGACAUCGGAUACAACUCUCGCUGGAAAUGA